AUGGGUUUGUCAGUCGGAUUCAUAAAGCGCCUGUUUCUUUGUUUUUGUUUCUAUUCUAUUGUUUUGCAAAGUUCCUCUCAGGUCAUACCCUGGACUAGUGAUAACCUGAAAGCCAUUGAAGACGAAAAGGAUGAUAAUAAUGAUUUUUUAGAAAGUACUCUUUUAGAUGCUGUUUCAACGAAGGAAAAACGAUUAAUUAACACUGAAGCUGAGGCUCAUGAUGAACGAACGUCUCAGUUAAUUAUCUAUUUUAAUGAGAUAAAUUUCGAUCAGCUAAUCAGCAAUGUAUAUUUGUCUUUUCGACAGAAUGGAUUCAUUUUCUUUGUGUCAAAUGACAAACAAUGCUCCACUUGCCAAUUUUAUGCCCACAAUGCAGCUUCUGCGUUUGUAAAGUUAGUAAAGGAAUAUAAAUCAGGAAUUUCUUUUUAUUUAUUUGAUUGCAGCUCUAACCCUUCUUACUGUGAACAAGAGUUGGGAAUUCAUGCAUACCCUACCUUAGCCUACUAUCAUAAUAUGGGUGAUUUUACCUUUUUCAACAGUCAUACGCCUUUUAAAGUCCUCAAAAAAAUUGCAGAAACGGUACGCCCAUUAAAUAACUUGGAUGGAAAACCACAUAUCGAAGAUGUGGUUCGUUUAAAAGAGUUAGAGUCUCUAGAAAAUAGAUACCCCGUUUUUUUCUUGUACUUACAUGAUUAUGGAUCAACUUCUGAAGAUUUUGACUAUUUACGAAUGUUCUCUCGUUCUCUAGCUGGCUAUGCUCCCAUCUUUCGAUCAGAUGAUUUAAAUCUGGCUAAACAUUACGAUAUUACUCGACUUCCUCACCUAUUGGCCGUACGAAAUGGGAUUCCUUUUUCGUAUCCGGCAAAGUACGUCUCCUGUAUGCGCAAUACCAUCCGUAUGUGCUCAUGGGCUGCCAAACAAAAAUACGCUCUUGUCCCAGAGCUAACCCCCGAAUUUGCAAAAACAAUAGACGAAGGUGCAUAUUUGGCUAUCGCCUUAAUAAGUCCUACUUCGCGUGACAUCGAAAGCAACGAUUUGCAUGAUGUUCAGACAAUCGCCAAACAGUGGAUCCAAACUUUACGGUCUAAUGAGCGAAGCCAAUUACUUCAGGCUCGUAAAGAAUGGUGGGACUAUGUCAAACGCCUAAAGGCGAAAGGUUACCAAGAUAUUGCUUCUCGUGCCUCUCAUCCUUUACCUCUUCCCGAGAAUAAGAAGAUAACAUUCGUCUGGCUGAAUGCUCUUCAUUGGAAAUCAUGGCUUAGUGAUAUGUUUUCCAUCAAGUCUAUACCCCAGUCACGAUUCCUCUUUGUUCAUCCAUCAGGAUUAAACUAUUGGGAUCAUUCUGAAGACGGUACAUUACUUACAUUAGAUCAGCCUUCGCACAUCGUACAUACAGCUUUGGGUGUUUCAUCUAUUGAGGGUCGACCUCCUCAUCACAAGUUAACAGUCAGCCGUGAAUACUUUUGGCUCAUACAAAUCAAAGAGUUUUUAGCGUUUUAUCAGAUAUAUCUUUGGCUUCUCACUGCCUGUUUUAUCCUUGUGGUUUAUUGGCCUUCUGUCAUUACAUCUUUGAAGCAACGUUCGCUACAACAUUUUAGGAAAAGCAUUUGA